GCGAGCCCUCCUCGGCUGGGCUCCGCACGGCUCGGCACGGCACGGGUUGCCAUGACAAGCAUUUUCUCCCGCUAGCUCCGGGACCGCUCCUCCGCGCCCCCCCCCCACAUCCCAUGGCCAGCCGCGGGGGCUCCGCCGCCAGCCGGGCGCCGAGGGGGCUGAGCCGCUCCAGUUGCUGUGGUAUCCAGGGAGCCCUCCUCCUUCUGCGGGAGAUGCACGCUGGUCGUUGCUAAGGUUGCCUCCGCGGUAACAUGCACAUCCUGUUUACACCUUUACCCGAAGAAGUUGGGCUUGGUUAGAGGCACCCGCUUCACCCGGGCAGCCCCCAGGGAAGGGGCCGUGCCGAGCAUCCCCCCGCCGGACCCUCAAGGGUGGGUGCUGCAGGAGCCGCGAGCCGGCAUCGCCGCCACUGCGCCAGCAAGAUGACGAACAACGUGGCCGACCACCACCCCGGGAACUCGGUUGCUGAAGGCAACCAUGAGGGGGACUUUGGGUGCUCCAUGGUGGAGCUCAGGAACCUCAUGGAGCUAAGAAGCGCCGAGGCGGUGGCCCGGCUCAAUGACUCCUAUGGCGGUGUGCAGAACGUCUGCAAGAGGUUGAAGACGUCGCCAGUUGAAGGCCUGUCUGGGAACCCAACCGACCUGGAAAAGAGGCGGCAGGUCUUUGGCCAGAACUUCAUUCCUCCCAAAAAGGCCAAGACGUUCCUGCAGUUAGUGUGGGAGGCACUCCAGGACGUCACACUGAUCAUCUUGGAAAUCGCAGCCAUAAUCUCCUUGGGCCUGUCCUUCUACCACCCUCCGGGUGGUGACAAUGAAUUGUGUGGCCAGUCGACGGGCGGCGUGGAGGACGAGGGUGAGUCUCAGGCUGGCUGGAUUGAGGGGGCAGCUAUCUUGUUUUCGGUGAUCAUCGUGGUGCUGGUGACCGCUUUCAAUGACUGGAGCAAGGAGAAGCAAUUCCGGGGUCUCCAGAGCCGCAUCGAGCAGGAGCAGAAGUUCACGGUCAUCCGCAAAGGGCAGGUGAUUCAGAUCCCGGUGGCUGAGAUUGUGGUGGGAGACAUCGCACAGAUCAAGUACGGUGAUCUCUUGCCAGCAGACGGGAUCCUGAUCCAGGGCAAUGACCUGAAAAUAGAUGAGAGCUCGCUGACGGGGGAGUCAGACCAAGUCAAGAAGUCGCUGGAUAAAGACCCCAUGCUGCUGUCAGGUACCCAUGUGAUGGAGGGCUCCGGCAGGAUGGUGGUGACUGCUGUGGGUAUUAACUCCCAGACGGGCAUCAUCUUCACUCUCUUGGGUGCAGGAGAAGGAGAUGAGGAAAAGAAGGUGAAGAAAGGUAAAAAAACCGGAGCCCCCGAAAAUCGCAACAAAGCUAAAACUCAGGAUGGUGUGGCCUUAGAGAUCCAGCCCCUGAAGAGCCAGGAAGGGGUGGAAAAUGAGGAGAAGGAGAAGAAGAAGGUGAAGGUGCCCAAGAAGGAGAAGUCUGUGCUGCAAGGGAAGCUCACGCGCCUGGCAGUCCAGAUUGGGAAGGCGGGGCUGAUCAUGUCAGCCAUCACGGUCAUCAUCUUGGUGCUCUACUUUGUGAUUGACACGUUUGGGGUGCAGAGGCGGUCCUGGCUGGCGGAGUGCACCCCCAUUUACAUCCAGUACUUCGUCAAGUUCUUCAUCAUCGGUGUCACAGUGUUGGUGGUGGCUGUGCCUGAAGGGCUCCCGCUGGCAGUCACCAUCUCCCUGGCUUACUCCGUGAAGAAAAUGAUGAAGGACAACAACCUUGUGAGACACUUGGAUGCAUGUGAGACCAUGGGCAAUGCCACUGCCAUCUGCUCGGACAAGACGGGCACACUCACCAUGAACCGCAUGACUGUGGUGCAGGCCUACGUGGGGGACACCCACUACCGUCAGAUCCCUGACCCUGAAGCCAUCCUGCCCAAGAUCCUGGACCUCAUAGUCAAUGGUGUUGCCAUCAAUUCAGCUUACACGUCCAAGAUCCUGCCACCUGAGAAGGAAGGAGGGCUACCCCGGCAAGUGGGGAACAAGACUGAGUGCGCCCUGCUGGGUUUUGUGCUGGACCUGAAGCAGGAUUACCAGGCCGUGCGGAAUGAGGUGCCGGAGGAGAAGCUCUACAAGGUCUACACCUUCAACUCUGUCCGCAAGUCCAUGAGCACGGUGCUGAAGAACGGCAACGGCGGCUUCCGCAUGUACAGCAAGGGAGCCUCUGAGAUCAUCCUCCGCAAGUGCACCAAGAUCCUGGACAAGAACGGAGACCCCCGGGUGUUCAAGGUGAAGGACCGGGAUGAGAUGGUGAAGAAGGUGAUAGAGCCCAUGGCCUGCCACGGGCUGCGGACCAUCUGCCUGGCUUUCCGUGACUUCCCUGCUGAUGCUGAGCCAGACUGGGACAGUGAGAACGAGAUCCUGUCCGACCUGACCUGCAUCGCUGUGGUUGGGAUAGAGGACCCUGUGCGGCCAGAGGUGCCAGAUGCCAUCCUGAAGUGCCAGCGUGCGGGAAUCACCGUCCGGAUGGUGACAGGGGACAACAUCAACACCGCCCGUGCCAUUGCCACCAAGUGUGGCAUCCUGCUGCCGGGGGAGGACUUCUUGUGCCUGGAGGGGAAGGAGUUCAACCGGCUCAUCCGAAAUGAGAAGGGAGAGGUAGAACAGGAGCAGCUGGAUAAGAUCUGGCCCAAGCUGCGAGUGCUGGCCCGCUCCUCCCCGACGGAUAAGCACACACUUGUGAAAGGAAUUAUCGACAGCACCGUUGGUGACCAGAGGCAGGUGGUGGCCGUGACCGGGGACGGGACCAACGAUGGCCCAGCUUUGAAGAAAGCCGAUGUUGGGUUUGCCAUGGGCAUUGCAGGCACGGAUGUGGCAAAGGAGGCUUCGGACAUCAUCCUGACGGAUGACAACUUCACCAGCAUUGUCAAGGCGGUGAUGUGGGGACGUAAUGUCUAUGACAGCAUCUCCAAGUUCCUGCAGUUCCAGCUGACUGUUAACAUCGUGGCUGUCAUCGUGGCCUUCACGGGUGCCUGCAUCACGCAGGACUCUCCCCUGAAGGCUGUCCAGAUGCUGUGGGUGAACCUGAUCAUGGACACCUUUGCCUCUUUAGCCCUGGCCACGGAGCCCCCGUCCGAGUCCCUGCUGCUGCGCAAGCCGUACGGCCGCAACAAGCCACUCAUCUCCCGCACCAUGAUGAAGAACAUCCUGGGGCACGCAGUGUACCAGCUAACAAUCAUUUUCACGCUGCUUUUUGCGGGGGAGAAGUUUUUUGACAUCGACAGUGGCCGGAACGCCCCACUCCACUCCCCACCCACCGAACACUACACCAUCGUCUUCAACACCUUUGUCAUGAUGCAGUUGUUCAACGAGAUCAAUGCACGCAAGAUCCAUGGGGAGAGGAAUGUCUUUGAAUCAAUCUACCGUAACCCUAUCUUCUGCACAGUGGUGCUGGGGACGUUCGCAGCUCAGAUCAUCAUUGUGGAGUUUGGUGGGAAGCCGUUCAGCUGCUCUGGGCUCACCCUGAGCCAGUGGUUCUGGUGUAUUUUUAUCGGAGUGGGAGAGCUCCUCUGGGGCCAGCUGAUCUGCACUGUCCCAACCAGCCACCUGAAGUUCUUGAAGGAAGCUGGGCAUGGCAUCACCAAGGAGGAGAUUCCAGAGGAGGAGCUGCCUGAAGAUGUGGAUGAGAUUGACCAUGCUGAAAUGGAGCUGCGGCGUGGGCAGAUCUUGUGGUUCAGGGGUCUCAACAGGAUACAGACGCAGAUGGACGUAGUUUACACAUUCCAGACCGGCGCCUCCUCUUUGCAGGGAGCCCUCAGGAGACAGCCUUCCAUCGUGAGCCAGCACCACGAUGUAAAAAAUGUUUCUAGCCCAACCCAUGUAGCUCUUUCCUCCGUCAAUUCCACUCCCACCACUUCUGCUGUUGCUGCUGCUGCUGCAUCUCCUCCUGCGGGCAAUCAAAGUGGUGAAUGCGUUCCGUAGCUCCUUGUACGAAGGCCUCGAGAAACCCGAAUCCAGAAGCUCCAUCCAUAACUUCAUGACUCACCCAGAGUUCAUCCUGGAGGAAGACGAGCCUCGAACACCAUUCCUUGACGGCGCUGAAGACGACCCUGAGACUGAUGGACUCAAAAAGCGAGGUGGGGGUAGCCUGGGUGGAUCUACAUCCCUCAACAGAAAUAACAAUGCAGUGGACAGCGAUCAAGCUGAGGUCACCGUCCCGGAGCCCGAAAGCCCCUUACACAGCUUGGAGACAUCAGUUUGACCUUAGAACUUCGAACCCCCCCUCCUCCUCCACCUUCGCCCCUCGCCCUGUGUGAUAUUGGCACCAGUAACUGAUCACACACUGCGGUCACUUCGUGUCAAACUGCUCAUACGUAUAUCAUUUUGGUGUUUUGUUUUGGGGUUUGUUUUUUUGUUUUUUUGUUGUUUUUACCAUUAUUUAGCAGUGGGAACCAGAGUACCACGAUGCUGGGUGUCGGGAGAGAGGCUAAGCCAAAAUUGUGCAUCUCCAUCCCUAAUUUUCAGUGGUACUCACCCAAGUGAAGCAGCCAGGUUAUCUCCUCUCCAAGAGUUGGGCUCCAUGCGUCUGUUGGAGGUUUUCACUUUGAAAAAUGCAUGUUCAAAGAAAGUUCAAAUUGUAGUCUUACAUGCACGCUCUCAGCCUGAGGGCUGGGAUGCACUUGUGACUUCUUUUUUUUUUUUCUUUUCCACUUGUGGUUUUUAGAGUUUUAUUCUAAUGUUGGGGUUUGUUCUUUGCUUGUGGGAUUUGCCCCCAGUAACUUCACAGUGGGAAGUGGGGGAGUUAGCACUCUAGUGCGAAAAUUCAAAAAUAAACAAAAAAAAAAAAGCCCCAGCCAGGGGGAAGGUGUUUACUCACAGGUUGAUAGAUACAGGGAUGUACACCAGUCUUCCACCUUGAAAAAUGGUACCUAGCCUUUACAGUUCCUCCUCUGUGUGCGCACACACACUUUUCUCUCUCUGUUUCCAAAGCAGCAAUUGGUAGACAAGGAACGAAGGUGACUUGGCUGUAGCCUUGCUGGAUGUAGAAUUCUGAUUUUUCUACAAAGUAAGGUGGCGGUGAACUGGCAGUGGAAGGGUGGUGAAGAAAAACUCCGUGGCUGUGAGAAACAGGGCUCCUUCCUGGGGAGUCUUGAGUUGCAUCUCUUCUGCUCUUGAACAGCUGUGAAACUUUUGGCAAGAGCCUUACAAAGUUUUAACAGCUCCUGCCAUCAAGAGCAGAGGGAUUUUUGCCCGUGCUGGCUUGUCUGUGCUGUUGGGUUAAAUAAUCCAUCAGCCUUGAGUACAAGCUCCAGUUAACUGCUGAGGAACCCCAGAGGAUGCUCUAGCCGUGCCCACCAGAUCUGUACAUCGCUGCCAAAGCGUUAGCAGGCUCAACAGAGAACAAGCAUGGGGUUAUGGAGAGUACAGUGGGUCAGCUCCUAGAUCCUGGAAGGGAUGAGUCGGGUUGUCUCUGUAGCCUGUGGGAAGAAGGCUCUAUGGCCAAUGGGAGAACUUUUGAUUUCCGUAGCACUUCUGUAGCCGGUUUGCCAGCGGAGGCAAUUCCUUGCAGAGGUAGCAGGUUGGUUGGUUUGCUGCAGGUCUUCCAGAGAAGGUGCCGCAUGGAGGCUUUGCCUCACUUGCUACUUUUUUGGAAGGUCAUCUCUUCACCUUGUCUUCUGCCUCACCUCUGUCUCUUGUAACCAUUCAGUGAGAGUCCCAUUUUGUCAGAGCAGAAGCCCCAGGUGUCCUGGGCAAGUUGGCUCUGAACUGAGCCUCUUGUGAAGCCGUGAGACUGAGCGGGAGGCAGGAGUUUGCUUUGCUUGGGCUUAGUUUCUUCCCUGUGGGCUCUUGCUGGUGGCCCCCUGGUUACUGGCCCCAGGCAGGCAGGGCUGGAGGAAGCUCUGCUGCCUUCUCUCCUUCAUUCUGUUCAGCUUGGUUGGAAGCAGAGAGAACCUGGUUGUAACUGGCUGUACAAUGUCAUCAUCUUUGCCCAGCCUCCAUCCCUGGAAGCAGAGAGGUUUUUAGCGAGAGGGUGGGCUGGCUGGUUUCUUCUUUUCUUUCCUUUUAAGAACGCACAGCAGAAUCUCCCGUGCCUUCUCCGAGCACUGCCUGCAGCACCACCUGCCACGUGAGACCCCAGUACUUUGCCAAGAAAUAAGUGUUCCUUAAACGACAACACAAACCAAGUGUCUUUGUUUUGUUUCCAGCCCAGAACCAACUCGUCCCUUCCUUGGGGUGGGAGGAGGGAAGGACGAGGUUGCCCCAUUCCUGCCCCAGGUAGCUGAGGAAAGGUCCUGCUCCCAGGUCUCCUGCCUCGGUGCUGGCAAAGGGGGUGAAGGCUGGGCUCCGUACACUGCCAAAAGCAAGAAGAAAUUGCCACCACUGCCCAUCUCAAUUGCAAAUUUAGUGUCAAACCCCUCCCCCCCCCCCCCCCUCCACCCUGCACAGACAAACCCAUCGCUACCCUCCCCAUUCCUUCUUCACGCGAGCUGAAAAAAUAACUUGGGCAGGACCGGGGUGUGUGUGGGGGAUGUUUUCCUCAGUUACACACAAGUGGGGUGACAGGAAAGACAACAGGGGUGGUUGUGGGGUUUGGUUCUGUACUAAAGGUGACAUUGCUUAAAAGAUCACUUUUUCUAUUUUAAAUACUUGCAAAAAAAAAAAAAAAAAGGAUGAAAAUAUGGUGUUCUUAUAAACUUACAUAAAUAUUUAUUAAAUACUUUGGGGGGACACACACCGAUUUUUCUUUUGAUAUUUUUUUAAUACCUCAGACCUGUUUUAAAAGAAAAAAAAAAAAAAGACUUAAACCAACAAAAAGCCAACUUUGGAGGCUCUCAAAGUCACUCCCAGAAAUCCGUGACUGGCAGGUUGCCACAAGGGUCUGGUUGUUCUUUAGUUGAUAUAUUUUUGUUGUUCUAGUUUCCAUAUUAGGAGGGGGAGAAAUAAUUAUAUAUAAAUAUUAUGCAAAAAAUAUAGUUUUCUUUAGAUCAGAAACUGAUAUUUUUACGUCAGCCAUAUGUAUUUUGUUUAAAGAAAAAAAAAUAAAUAAAUCUUGAGUCCCGCGUCUGCCACGGCGCGUGACUGUGUGACAGCAGUUCAAAGUGACAGGUAAUUAAUUCAGUGUAUCAGCGAUCGGAUGCCAGUCAGCUUCCUUUUCUCUGAGCAGCCAUCUUUAUACUAGAUGUUAGUUGGAUGACACAAAUGUUUUUUUAUAUAAAUUAUGUUGGUAUGGCUGGUUGCUUAAAGUAUAAACGUUUAUUGUGCAUACAUCUUUCCUGUAAAGUUUUUUUGGUUGUUGUUUUUUUUUUUUUUCUAUUUAGUUUCAGUGAUAUACUGGCAGCAGAUGACUAUUGGGUUAAGUUAUUGAGGACAUUACAAAAAAAAAAAAAAAAGAGUUGGGGGAGAUUGGUGCUCUACGCUGAAAGGCAUGGUCAGCAGCACGAACUUCUGGGGACUCUCUGCAACAUGCCUUGAAAAAGGGGGAGUUUUGGUGGGUUGGGUUUUUUUUAUUAUUUUUUGCUUUGUUUGAACUGCCACGAGUGUGCGUGGGGGAGAGUGCCAUGCCAGACAGGAACCGAAGUCAUACCCUGUGAUACAUGUUAACUUGCCUUGGAAUGCUUUUGUUAUUAAAACACUCUGAACAUAA